AUGAGUGGAGUAGUAACGGGCGAUCAACAAGCCCAAAAUAUUUCGUUAACGGGAAUGUAUUCUCAGUUAGGAAUAAAUUUUGCUAUUGGAGUUGGAACAUUGUUCGUGUUUGGAUUUCUUAGACCGAGGAAUGGAAUUGUAUAUGCUCCAAAACAAACAUAUGUCAAUGAAAAAAAACAACCACCUAAACUAGAGAAUGGGUUAUUUUCUUGGAUUAAACCAGUAUUGAAUACUCCAGAAUCAUUAUUAAUAGAAAAAAUUGGUUUAGAUUCUGUAAUGUUCAUACGUUUUAUAACCAUGUGUCGAAAUUUAUUCUUUUGGUUAUUCAUAUUGGGUUGUGUUAUUAUUGUGCCAGUAAAUGUCUACGGAACUCUUCAAGAUCGAGGAAGCCUUCCUUCAACUGAUAAUCCCUUGGCAAUUUUGAGUAUCUCGUUUUUAAAAAAGUCAAAAUGGUUCUGGACUCAUAUAGUAUUAACCUGGGUGUUCUCAUUCAUAUUAUAUAAAUUCCUUUAUACUCAAUACAAAGAGUACUCAAAAUUCAAAUUGGAUUAUUUUAAUUCCGAAGAAUAUCGAAAAUCCUUACAUUCUCGUACAUUACUAGUAAUGGGUAUACCUCAAUCAAUGAAAACUGAUGAAGAAUUAAAAAGUUUUGUGGAUUCUUUGAGAUUAAAAUAUCCAAUUACUGAAGCUCAUAUUUCUCGUAAAGUUGGUAAUUUAACGGAAUUGUUAAAGGAUCAUGAUGAAACUUAUUUUCAUUCUACUUUAGAUCCUGAUAAUAUUCCUUCAAAAAGACCAACCCACAGAUCUAGCCUUUGUAAUGGUGCAGAAAUAGAUAGUAUCGAUCAUUAUACUGAAAAAAUUCAAUCCCUUGAACGUCAAAUAAAAGAUGCAAGAGAAACUUGUUAUAAAACAAAACUUCAGAAUUAUGGAUUUAUUUCAUUUGCAAAUAUUUCUCACGCUCAUGCUGCUGCUAAAAAAUUAGAAAAAAUUUCGGCAAAAAAGUUGAUGUCUCCAACAUUUAUACUUGCGCCUUGGCCUAAAGAUAUAAUUUGGAAAAAUUUAUCAAAUGUUGGAGCUGUUAAAGGAACCAAAAGAUUUUUAAGUUACUCUCUGUUCCUCGCUUUAUGCUUUUUUUGGUUGGUUCCCGUUUCAUUUAUAUCAACGGCUGCAAAAAUUUCAAAUAUCGUAAGGUUGGCACCUGUCACGGCUAAAAUAUUUUACGCCAAUCAGUUCAUCACUGGUUUGUUAGAAGCAUGGAUGUCACCAUUAAUCUUGGCAAUAUUCUUUUUAAUGUUACCUUCAAUUCUAAGAUAUCUUUCCCGUUUUCAAGGGAAAAUCACCAAAUCUUCAUUAGAUAGAUCAACUUUAGCAAAAUUAUAUUUAUUCUUCAUAUUAAAUAGUAUUAUUAUUUAUACCGCCUCUUCAACUGCAUUAGACAUUUUUUCCAAGAUUAAAGCUAUACUUAAUCAAAAAGAUUCAAAUUUCAAAGAUAUUUAUAGUGUCUUUCAAAAUACCGACAUAUUUGAACAAAUAGCGGAUUCCAUGAUUAGUGUUUCAACCUUUUGGAUUAAUUAUAUUUCAUUAAGAGGUGUCGGAGUGAUUUUUGAUCUCGCACAAAUUGCUUCAUUAUUAAUUAAAUUUGUCAAAGGAUUAUAUGUAACUCAAACACCCAGGAAUAUAAUGGAAUACUCGAGACCACCGGAUUUUGAUUACGCAGUUUAUUAUAAUAUUCAUUUGUUCUUUUUCACGAUAGGAAUUUUAUAUUGUGUAAUAGCCCCAGUUAUAUUACUCUUUUGUGCUGCUUAUUUUGCAUUGGCUUAUCUGAUUUAUAGAUAUCAAUUAAUGUACGUUUUCACAACAAAAGUUGAAACCGGUGGAACUUAUUGGCGUGUAGUAUUUAAUAGAUUAAUUGUUUCUAUUUUAUUCUGGCAAUGUGUAAUGAUUGGAGUAAUGAAUUUAAAAGGUGCACAUAUACAGUCAAUAGCAGUUCUCCCGUUACCAGUAAUCACAAUAUUUUUAAAAAUCAUGUGUAGUCGUUCAUUUGAUGAGAAAAUCCGAUAUGGAAUAAUUGACAAUUCAAGUGAAGAAGAAAAAAAUGAAUUUAUAGAUGGACGUGAUCAAGUUUCAAAUCGAUUUUUACAUCCUUCAUUGACCACCGAAUUGAUUGCACCAAUGGUUCCCGCUGGAGCCAAAAGAGCUCAAAUUCCUUUGGAUAUUAAAAAUAAUUAUCUUGGUGAUGGUUCACCAUCAUAUCAAAAUUAUCAACCCUCUACACCAUCUCCUUCAUCAUCUCAAAUAACAUUGAAUCAAUCAUCGAAUACACGAGAAUAUUCGUAUUCGCAACAACCUAUUUCUCCUCAACAAUAUUCUCCUCAACAAUAUUCUCCUCAACAAUACGAUUCACGUCCGAUACCAAGAGCAAAAUUUAUUAGAAAUAGUCAAUCUAAUACGUGUUUACAACAUUUAUCAAAAAGUUCAACUGGUUCUUCAUGUUUUUCUCUUUCCUCAAUAUCAUGUCCAGUGGAUAGAUUUGGGGAAAUUCCUGAUUCGGUUAAAUGGAAUUUAAUUCCAGUAGAUCCUUCGCAAAAUUCAACAAAUACAACCGAAAUUUUUAUAAAAUCCUUUGACAAUCAAUUUUGUGUCUCAAGUUCUUCAGGAAUUUGUUCUUGUGAUAAUGAUGACGUCAAUCAAAAGUGGAAAUAUAAUGGUGAAAACUUAAUAAGUACCCAAAAUGUAGAAGAAUGCUUAAAUAAUAAUUUUGUAUUAACAAAUUGUCAAGUUAACGAUGACGCAGUAAAUAUUUAUACAAAAACUUUAUUCCUUGGAAAUUUCAGUCAACUUUCCGUCGCACAAUUCGAUGAAAUUGAAAAAGAUUCAAUCAUUAUAGUUAAAAUUAAACCUGGAAUUAUAAUUUAUGAACAACCAACUUAUUUUGGUGAAAGUAAUUUUUUAGAAAUGGGAAUAAAUUAUUUUAAUUCUUCUGAACAAAUUAUUGGUUCGAUUAUGGUACCUAAUGAAAUAAGGGGUGUAACUUGGUUAACUGAAAAUUUCUUGGGUAAUAAUUUGGGAUUAUUUGAACCAAUUCCCAAUUUCUCUGGAGUUAACUUGACUUCUAAACAAAUUUCUGCUAAUGAUUUAAGUAUUUCUUCGAGUACAUGUCAAGAUGAAUGUGGUUCUGGUGGUUAUUGUUCAGGAAACAAUACAUGUACUUGUAAAUCUGGAUUCACUGGCUCACGAUGUGAGCAAUGUAUACCUGGAUUUUGGGGUCCAACUUGUGAAGCAUGCUCUACGACUUGUGGAAGUCCUAUUCAAUUCACUUGUGAUGAUGGUGUAUCUGGAACUGGCAAAUGUAAAUGUACUAAAGGAUUUAUGGGUGCUUCUUGUAAUAUUUGUGCUCCAGGAUUUUAUGGUGAAAAUUGUCAAGCCUGUGAUUGUGGGACAGGUGGAAUUUGUGAUUUACAGGGUACAUGUUCUUGUAUUUCUGGUUGGGAUUUUGACAACACGAACAAAUGUAAUGCAUGUAAAAAAGGUUAUUACCUUUCCGAUAAUGAUUGUAAAGCCUGCUCACCAGGCUGUUCAGAAUGUUCAAGUGAUGGAACAUGCACAAGUUGUCGUGAUGGUCUUCAACUUUCUCCCGAUGGGAAAAAUUGUACACCCACUUCCUCUCCUCUCACUCCAUGUUUAGCAACUCAAUUCUUUGAUGGCAAUGUUUGCGUAAAUUGUGACCCUUCUUGUGGUAGUUGUUAUGCUGGUACCCCUUCAAAUUGUUUGACAUGUGCAUCUCCUAAUCUAUAUUUGGAAGGUUCUUGUGUUACUCCAGUAGGUGGAAAAUGCACUAUUCCUAGUUCUCCUUCACAAGUAUUUUUUGCUGAUAAUACUAAAGGAAUUUGUCAAGCAUGCCCAAGUUCAUGUACAGAUUGUACCUUUGACUCAAAUGCAGCACUUGUUAAAUGUUCCAAAUGUAUGCCUGGUUAUGUACUUGAUAAUGAACAAUGCGUUAAAUCGUGUCCAGCUGGAAAAGUCAUUAAUUCAGAUGAUAAAGCCACGUGUAUAGCUUGUUCACCAAAUUGCGCUACAUGUGAUGGUCCAUUAAUUAAUCAAUGUCUCUCUUGUUCUGAUCCAAGCCAAUUUUCUCUUAAUGGUAGUUGUUCAGCAGAACCUUGCCCUUCUUCAUACGUUACUCAAAACAAUACAUGCGUAAAAUGUCAUCCGGAUUGUUUAGAAUGUUCUGGUCCAGGAAUGGAUCAAUGUACUAAAUGUCCAUUAAAUCGUCCAAUACUUACCGAGAAAGGACAAUGUGUCGAAUCAUGUCCAAUUGGAAAAUUUGAAGAUUCUACAACUGGAAAAUGUCAAGCUUGUGAUUCCUCAUGUUCUUCAUGUUUUGGAUCAAAAUCCGAUCAAUGUCUUGGAUGUUCAGAUAUUUCUAAAUUUUUACAAAAUGGAUCAUGUGAUAAUGAAUGUCCUAGCGGAACUAUAAUAAGACGAAGAGCCAAAACUGAUAAUUUCAAGGAACAAUUUGAUGAAGUCGCAGUAGCAAAACAAAUGAAUAAUCUUAUGAAUAGUCCAUCAUCCACUAAUUCAUCAGCAAGAUCGUCUAUUAAUGCUGCUGCUGCUGCUACAAAAUUCAAACGAAUAUUACCUAGCACACCUACUUCACCAUCACCAUUAAGUCAAGUACUUUCAACAACCAAGGAAUUGAAUAGAGAUACAUUAACACCACCACCAGCUUAUCAUAAUGAAGAAGGUUCAUAUUGGGAUCAAUAUAAAACACGAAAAGCUACUUAUUCCGGGAGAGAUUAUCUAAAAUGGAAAAGUGGUAAAAAAUUUGAAGAUCAUUUAAAGGUAGAAGGAUCAAAAGAAGGAGAAGUUGAUAUAUUAAUACAGACCGGUCACCGAAGUUCAUUAAGAAGAUCAAAUAGCAAUUUAAGAAGAAGUGCCUUAGAUUUUGGAUUUGAAAAUCAAGAUAGAUAUAGUUCGGCUUCUAAUAAUACAAAUGGAGCAGGAGUAGGAGGAAGAAAUAGUGGAUAUGAUACAAUCCUCGGUGCUUAUGCGAGUAGUAGUAAUGGCGAUGCAACAAGUAUGAAUGCAUAUGGAAGAAAUAGUAAAGUUUCUGUAAUAUCAAAUGUUAGUAGCUUGCAAAGAUCAAAUACUGUACCCAUAAAGAGAGAUGAAACAUGGGGUUCAAAUUGGAUUUAA